UCUUCUGACCAGGUUUCACUUCACUAAAGCUAGUGCCAUGAUGCUUUCCAGCUUGUUCAGUUGCAUACUGAUGGUACUUCUUACAGCAGGUCCUUCUGAGUCUGUAAAGAUUAUCAGAGCAAUAAAGGGUCAAUCUGUCACUUUGCCUUGCACAUAUUCAGUGCAUAAGGGUGUCACCACUAUGUGUUGGGGCCGGGGAUGGUGUCCUGUGAUUAGGUGCUCAAAUGAAAUCAUCUGGACAGAUGGACACGAGGUGACUUUUCAGCAUUCCAACCGAUACCACUUAAAGGAGAACCUUUCUCAAGGAAUUGUGUCCUUGACAAUAGAGAAUGUGACAGAGGCAGAUACUGGAUUCUAUUGCUGCCGGGUGCAAAUUUCUACUUGGUUAAAUGAUCAGAAAAUUUCAAUGAUACUCAAAGUUGAACAAGCCAGUACUGUUACUGCUCUAACAACCUUCACUUCCACUCACCCAAUGCUGACAACCCUAACAUCUUCUGCUUCUACUUAUCCAAUGUUGACAACCACCCAAGACCAAAACUCAGUUUCUUCCACUCCUGUUUUGGACAUAGUGAUAACCAGACCUUCAGAAACAUCAAUUAGAAAAAACUGGACACAGCCUGAUAGCCCAAUUGGAGUGAAUGAUACCGUGACAGGGACUUCAGAAGGCUACCAGGGUGAACAUCAAAUGGCCAUCGUACAUGAUCAAGUGGUGACCACUAAUAAGGGUAUAUAUAUUGGAGUUGGUGUCUUUGUAGGAGUGCUUCUCAUUGUGAUUCUACUUGUCUUUGUUUUGAAACGAUAUUUCUAUAACAGAAAGAAUGCACAUGGUCUAAGUCUGACUUUCUUGGCACGUGGUAGAGAAAGAAUUGAGAGGACUACUACUGAAGAUAUCAACCAUGCAGUGGACAAUGGCUAUGAAAUUGAAGAUAAUGCUUACAUUAUUGAAAAGGAUAAUAUCCAUAUUAUACAAACAUGCAAUGAGAAGCAGCAACCUUCCAAGUUUAGCCAUAACAUCCUGAAUUGACAAUUUUUCUGACUUUUUUCCUUAUUACUUUCUUUCAAGCUCAUGGACUACUUCUGGGUGUUAUCUCUCUACCUGACAGGAGCAAUUGCAAAACUAAAUAGUGACUCUGGAGAUGAUAAAAACUAACUUGGUACCAAACAAGGGCACAUUUAUCAGACUACAAAUUGUGCCAGAAAAAUUGGGGAUUAUAUCUGGCACUGAUUCUCCUAAGCUAUGCCAUUUUGUGUCAUGUGUGAACGUAGAAAAGUUAGGAUUUCUGGAGAGUAGCACAAUCACUGUAGCUUUCAAUCAAUCAAUAAAACAAAUAAAA